GUUGUGCUGGAUGCAGAGCCUGGGUCGACAGUUGGUGACCUCCGGCGCCGCGCAGAGCGAGAGCUUUGUACAGGCCUUUGCAAGCUGAUCUCUGAAUCUGGGCGACUGCUUCCAGAGCUUGCCACCAUCGAUGAGGUUGGACUAAAGAGCGGUGAGCAUCUGACAGCGGCGGUGCGGCAGCCGCAGAUCGCUGCGACGUUGACUGCUUUUGCGCUUCUGCGCGCGGACGGAUCCGUGGUGACUUGGGGUGAGCCGAACCAAGGUGGUGACAGCAGCGAGGUUCAGGAGGACCUGCACGACAUUCUGGACAUACAGGCUUCCGACUAUGCUUUCGCCGCGCGCCGCGCCGACGGCUGCGUGGCUGCCGAGCGUGCCUUUGCGGCUAUUCUGUCGGAUGGCUCGGUGGUGGCCUGGGGCGACAGUUACAACGGGGGUGACUGUACUGCCGUGAGUCACGAGCUGCAGCAGGUGAAGCACAUCCAGGCUUCGCGACUGGCCUUUGCGGCGCUACGCGCAGAUGGAUCUGUUGUCACCUGGGGGCAUCCGGACUAUGCAGGGGACUGCGGGCCGGUCAGGGAGCAGCUGAAGGGAGUCCGGGAGAUCCAGGCAUCCUGGGGAGCCUUUGCAGCUCUAUUGGAGUCCGGCCGUGUGGUGACGUGGGGAGACCGGGACCUCGGAGGGGACAGUAGGUCGGUGAGCAGUCAGCUCCACGACGUGCGCAAGUAA